UAUCUUUGAUCUUUGGUCUUUAGUUUAUAUGCACUGCUAGUUACUUAUUGGUUAUUGAAUUGUUAAACUUUUCUGAAACAAACUAAUUAUUGUAAUAUUAUUGAAUCGAUCAGAUUUGUACACAAUGUCAAUUGAAAUUGAAUCAGCUGAUGUUAUUCGUUUGAUUCAACAAUACUUAAAAGAGUCUAAUCUUAGCAGGACGCUGCAAGUCCUUCAGGAAGAGACCGCAGUUUCUUUAAACACCGUUGAUAGUGUAGAUGGAUUCAUACAAGACAUUCAGAAUGGACAUUGGGACACAGUAUUGAAAGUAAUACAAUCGCUUAAACUACCAGACAAAAAGCUCUUGAAUUUAUACGAACAGAUAAUCCUAGAAUUAAUUGAAUUACGUGAGUUGGGAGCAGCUCGUUCUCUACUUCGUCAAACGGACCCAAUGAUAAUGUUAAAACAACAAGAACCUGAGCGAUAUAUUCAUUUAGAAAAUUUGUUGCAAAGAGCAUAUUUUGAUCCAAGAGAGGCAUACCUCGAAGGAAGCAGUAAAGAAAAACGGCGAGCAGUAAUUGCCCAAGAACUUAGUGGGGAAGUACACGUUGUACCUUCAUCACGUUUACUAGCCUUGUUAGGUCAAGCUCUAAAAUGGCAACAACAUCAAGGCUUACUUCCUCCAGGAACUACAAUUGACUUGUUCCGUGGCAAAGCGGCUAUGAAGGACCAGGAAGAAGAAAUGUAUCCAACCCAAAUGGCGCGACAAAUUAAAUUUGGUCAGAAAUCUCAUGUGGAGUGUGCACAAUUUUCAGUUGAUGGACAAUAUAUGAUCACUGGCAGCGUUGAUGGUUUUAUAGAAGUAUGGAAUUUUACUACUGGAAAAAUAAGAAAAGAUUUAAAGUAUCAGGCCCAAGAUCAAUUCAUGAUGAUGGAACAUCCUGUUUUGGCACUUUCGUUCUCCCGAGAUUCUGAGAUGGUAGCAUCUGGUUCCCAAGCAGGCCAAAUUAAAGUAUGGCGGAUAACAACUGGACAAUGUCUGCGUAAAUUUGAAAAGGCUCAUAUUAAGGGCAUCACUUGUUUGCAAUUUUCACGUGACAAUAGUCAAGUUUUGAGUGCUUCUUUUGAUAAUACUAUCCGAUUACAUGGUCUUAAAUCAGGGAAGCUUUUGAAAGAGUUUAAAGGACACCACUCAUUUGUAAAUGAUGUGACAUUCACUCCAGAUGGGCAUAGUUUGUUAAGUGCGUCAUCCGAUGGUACUGUCAAAAUAUGGUCAAUCAAAACUACCGAAUGUUUGUCAACGUACAAACCUCUUGGUAAUGAGUUGGCUGUGAACACUGUCCUAUUACUACCCAAAAACCCAGAGCAUUUUAUUGUUUGCAAUAGAUCAAAUACUGUGGUGAUUAUGAACAUGCAGGGACAAAUUGUACGAUCAUUUUCUUCUGGUAAGAGAGAAGGUGGUUCGUUUAUCUCAGCAACGCUAUCCCCUAGAGGAGAAUUUAUAUACUGUGCUGGAGAAGAUAAAGUUCUCUACUGUUUUUCAGUUUCUUCUGGUAAACUGGAAAGAACACUUAAUGUUCAUGAAAAAGAUGUUAUUGGAGUCUGUCACCAUCCGCAUCAAAAUUUGUUAGCAACAUAUGGUGAAGAUGGUCUUCUUAAGAUAUGGAAGCCAUAAUUAAAUAUAAUUACAUUUUAAUAAACUUUGGUUAAAAAACACAAA